UAUACAGAGCUUAACUGAUGCCCUGACCUAUCCUAUAUAAGGCACGAAUAGUCUGGUAUUUAGUUCAAUGCUGAAAAUGUUUAGCCAUUCGUUGAUGUUCUCUUCUGCGAGUAUAGUCACAUUUGUGCUGUUGCUGAAUGGCUGUGCCAGCUAUUGCAACUGGGAUUACGGUUAUGAGUCCACGUUGGUGGCAUUCCGAACUACGAAUCCGGCAAAACUGAAUGUUGUGGCGCAAUUAGAGAGCCUGGGCUGCGGCGAAUAUUAUACAACGUAUCCAGCUCAGUGCCAGGGCUAUUAUCUAAGGAACAUAUCUCGGACGAUUGCAAUGGGCUGUUACAGGCGCUUCUCAUAUCCUGGUCCCAACUACCGCAGCUGGUCAAUGCAAAUACCUGGCCUAAGAAGACGUUCCAGCUGGAACUAUUUCUGGUCCCGCACCUUCAUGUGCCCGAGAACGCGCUCGAGGUCAACAGUAAGGUUAAUUCUACAGUUGCCGGCACGUUUGACUGGAGCUCUGUUCUCGUUCCUCAUAUAAAUAUAUAUGGUUAACUAUGUAUAGGCUUUUACUUUGUGAAUUAUUUUUAAAUUAUACAAAUUUAUA